UAUGCACAGCCUUUGCGGAGUGUGCUCGUGGUACCUCUCGUGCGAGUAGUUUUCGGCUUCAUCCGAAGAGCUGUUUACAAUUUCACAUUGUCCUUCUGACAAGCAAAUCGCGAGUUGAGGGGGGAAAAUUCGCAGCAUACAAUUGCCACCCUUCCGGAGCGUGUAUGAGUGUGCUGUAGUCGUGUAUUGUUUGUUCUUGUGAGCUUCGGUGGCACUCUAGAGGAGGAAGUACAUCGACUACAGAAUCCAAACCCACAGAAGACGAAGAAGAAGAAUCACAAAAAAAAAAUCCGUGGCAUUUUAGGCACCCGAGAGUGAAGUGAGCUCACAAGGCGAAAUAAUUGAAGCACAAGUGAAGUUGGCGCUAUUUCUUCUGGUGGAAGUGCAUCGCGCUUGCAGUGACAUUUCGUUUCGCGAGCACUGGCGCGUGCAACCAAGUCGUCGCGGUGGAAUGAAGGAAAGCGCAAGCCUGUAAAAGUAUGCUGAGCUUGGUCACAGUUGAGUAACAACUGCAUGCGGUUCCAUUCGGCUCCAGCGAGAGACAAUCUGCCUGUAGGGUGUACAUGAAAGUGAAAUUAUCUGCACUUGCGCCAUCAAGGUCGAGUGUCAACUUGCGACAGUUGCUCGUGGGAGUCGUCGAUUUUUUGAGUCACCGAAAAGGUAAUAAAGUGGGGAAGAGACCCCUACCAAGACGAACGUUGUGCCCUUCGCAAGGUAUUCGGAUUUUCGCACGAACCAGGUGAUGUAAGUCCCACGACAGAAGUUGAUUAUUUUUCCCACAACAAGACCGGGUCUAAAGAAACAAAAACACAAAAUUCAAAGCUCCCCCAUUGACUGUUUGCCAUUUUCCAAGAAGAUCAGUUCAAAAAGUCGUCGGUCACGCAUCUUGCGCUAUCAAAUGUCAGCCCAGGAUCGUAAAAUUACAAAAUUGCGCUCGUUUAUUGAAUCAUCGACAGCAAUCGUAGUUUUGUGAUCGAUACCGAACACCACAAAAGUUCAUAAUUCAUAAGGCGUGCAAUAGCAAAAAAGCACGCCGAUGAAAAACUAGAGGGUGAAAAAUUGCACAUUGUUGAGAAAAUCGCGUGAAGAGACCACAGAAAGCGAAUCCAACGGAAAACACGAGUUACUUGCAGUUUGAAAAAAAUUUAAGCAAAAAAUCCUCACCGAAAGAGAGAGAGAGAUUGUGUGUGUGCUUUGUGCUGACGAAGAAAGAGGUCAAAACAGAAGAAACACCGAAGACGACGUCGAGCAACGCCGAGGACGACGACGAUCGCUGGAAUUACCCGGCAACCCAUCUCAGCAACGACGACACAAUCGAAGAAACGAAAUUAGAAAAACAACACAGAAUCGUCAAGCAUGAGCUUUAACACAACGACGGUUAUGCAGGUAACACCAUCAGAUUUGAGACACCUUUACCCACCCGGUGCUAUGAAGAUGGCCAACGAAUGGGAGAAGCCCUCCCGCAGAACGCUAGACUUCCUAUCCGGUGGUCCUGACGGUGGUAGUAGUAGCAGUGCGAGUUCUCCGCACUCCAGCCUUCAGCACAUCCCGGCGUACAACUAUUUCGAUAGUGCCACCCAACACCAUCAACUGCACUAUCAACCAAAAACCUACAGUAGCAAUAAGAGAUCCACCACCAGCGCCACCAAAGCAGCGGACCGGAACUACCGCCACAAGAUGAUGGAACGGGCUGCCUAUGCCAACCGUAGCUUUAUGCAUCACAACGAGUACGAUCCAACAGGCUACUCGUAUCAGCAGCAGCAGCAGCAGCACCAUCAACAGUCGUCAUUUCAGCGUAGCGGCGCUGGUCAUGGGGGUGGUUUUGUGUUCGAAACAUCACAUUAUCCGAUCGAUCAGGACGAUCGCAAGGCCGAUCGACGACGUCAUAGUAUGCACCAUAUUGUCCAGUUGAGUGUUUCGAAAAUGGAUGACUUGAAGCAACGCUUCGAUGAGUACAGUUCGUCCGCUGCCGUUGGCAGGGGUGGCAGUGGUGGCGUUGGCGGAGGUGUUGGCGGAAGUAGACGUCCAAGUCCGAGACAACAGAACGGUGGCAGCCAGUUCGUCUUUGGUGGGGGUAGACUUGCCUACAGCGGUAGCAAAAGUUUGGACACCUAUGAACGUACAACUCCAACUGAGAACGGCGGCGGUGGUAGGCAGAAAGGCACCAGUGCGAAAACACCAAAACGUGGCUCAAGGUCGUCGCAAGGAUCGACGGACAGUAGUCAUAGUUCUCAUAGCGCGUCAUCCGGCUCGCUACUGUUGACAGUAGCGAACUUGGAGAACUUUGCCAAAAUCCACAAGAAGCAGGAUUCCAGCUACGGCACCAGCAAAGCAAUGGAGGAAUACCUGUCGUCGACGGUUGGGAUCGUACCGACGGCGGCCAUCCUGGACGCCGUAGGCAGUAAGUACAACAGUAAUAUCACAAUGAAGCACGCCCGUCCGGAGGACAUCCAACAGGCAACGGAGCAACCGAUCAGUGCGGCGGCCAUCAUCUCCAUCGAGGAAAUCCAUUCGGAUUCGGCUCAGCAGUCGCCGUCGGAUGAGGAAAUGCAAGCGCAUCGCCACUCGCUGCCGUCGUUCCAUCGAUCAGCGAAAACCAAAGAUCCGGAUUCGGUAUCAAUGGCCAGUUCAACGCAUUUCACCAUGGUCAACGGGGUGGGUGGACCGCAGCGGCUGCCCAAGAGCGGAAUCUGCUCCCGAGGGCACCAGAUCACGAUACUGAUCAUGACGAUGAGCAUCGUCUUCAUGGUUGGAAUCUGCGCGGCUGUGUUCUUCCUUGAAAUGCGUGCCAGAGAAAUGCCCAGAUGAUGAGACCUGGAAGGGCACACCACGCAAGGAGGAACCUCCAAAAUGCUAAUCACCGAAUUCGGAACAACGUAAAAAACGCUAUUAAAGGAAAUCUUCCUUCCUGAUAAACAACCACAACAGACACACGUGUAGCCAUAUUCAAACCUACAUUUAAGAUUUAAGCGAAGCGAAACAACAAGAAGGCGUCCAUCAGCAUCAACCUUGACGACGCGAUGCCUUACCUAGAGUUGUUCUAACUUAUAAGCAUUCCUAGCAAAACCUUAUUAGACCCACACACACGUGAGCCUCAGUCCUAAUUACCACUAUUUAUUACAUCAACUGGACAAUUGCGACCGCUAUCCCAGAACACCAGCACCCCGUGGACUAACAUUAGUGAACGGGAGGCAGCAAUACAAGCAAAACAUAGAAAUACAAUGUGAUUGAUAGUCAAUCAUUGAUACAAUCAAAGACAACGACAACAGUGAAAAAGGCCUCACACGGGAAGACAUGAUUUCAUGCGUAUUCGGAAGUUCACAUUUCCAGAAUGGAGAUACAAAUCUCCCAGACUACGGAUCUACUGAUUGGACCCUCCAAGAUCACCUGGGUAUUACCAAUAGGAUCACUUGAAAGAAUCGCCCAUUACAUAGGAAGUAUUAUUAGCACUGAGAAUCUAUCGGAUCUGUAAGCCACCUGUCGGGUUCAAUUGCAACAGGGUUGACCAUAGAUAACUGACGGUGUCAGAAUUUUAUGUGAAUAAAAACCAACGGAAGGAAAAAUCAAACUUUUAUUAGAAUUAAACGAAGCAUGUAACAAAUUCCAUUUUCCGCCCAUUUUUGUAGAAUGGCCGUCUUCCAUCCUUAUAAGUAGAGGGCAGUUAUCGUGGUCCACCCUGUAACACGAGUCUCGUCAAUAUGAACCCAAUUCUAUCACUAUUCUAGCUUAAAUAUACUUCGACACUGAUCCUUCUAUCUCCCUCCAACAAAAUACGCUAUUACAUUAUUAUUUUUUCUGUGAUAUUUAUUAACUUAUUUAAAUUAUGGCACAGCAUGUGUAAGAUCAAUAAAACUAAAAAUGAAA